AUGAUUCAUGUCAGUCCACUUGGUGCAGCAGCUCUCCAAGUCGACGAGUCAUCCAACACCCUCGUGAUUGUGCUGUCGUCCGUCCUGGGAGGCUUGUUGCUCAUCGUCCUGGUGGUUCUGCUGGUAGUAUUUUUGAAAUCACGGAAUAAAAAAACAAAAACUUCGUCGAAGACUGGCGAAAUUGAAUUGCAGGAAAACCGGGAUGGGAAUAAUUCUGAGCCAAUAGACGCUUCAAAUAAUGCAAUAAGCACCAAUCCUGAGGACGAAAGAGAUUCAAGUGUAUCAGUCAAUCCGAUUGUGCUGCACCCUCCGAUUGACCGUCAGGGCGCCGGGUUUGGCACAGUACAGCCGCCCGGAGGCUCAACAAAUCUUCACAGUUUGAAUCCCAACGACUUGCCUGGACAGGCUGCUUACCGUUCGUCAGCUCUUCAAGCACCAGGACCUCGCCCAACGGAUCCUUACCCAAGGACUGCUCCUCAACCUUCGUAUCCCUACCCUGCAGCAGGCCCACCACGCCGGCGAAAUGAGUCAGCGUCGCCACCACGCAUGUCACGUCGUAGCGCUUACGACCAAAGGCGCGAUGCUCAAAAUCGUGACCAGAGACCGCCACCUCGACGCGGGUCAGUGGAUCCUCGAAUGGCUUACCCUCGAAAUCCCGACAACCGACCUGCCGCGCCUCAGUACAGAGAUGCUGCUGGUGCACCGCGCCCCUACACCCAAAGAAACCGAAGCGCUGAUAUGGCGCCAAGAUCUCUCCCUAGGUUGACUUCACCAUCAGCGAGACCUCCUAUAAAUCCGGCCAAAAUGGAAUACGGAAGGGACGCUGGUCAUCCAUCCUUAAAUAGAAGUCUGCCUCCUACAAGCGCAGGUCAAAGCCGUCCAGGUCCCGGGGCUCCGUACCGCGCUUCAGAUCCGCGCUACCGCUCGCCUGAAGCUCAGUAUCGCUCAGCGCCUCGCACGUCGUCCGAUGUUCGACGACCGAGGUCCAGCAACAACUUCUAAUGAGGAGUUGGAGAGAUGCUACUGCAAAUUUAUAAGUGUCAUCUUUGCGCGUUUCGAUGUUUAAUUUACUUCCAUGACGGGUUUUCUGAAAUAAACUUGACAAGACUAAAAUUUACAUGUGACUUUUAAUGGCAAGCAGAAUAAAAAGGCUCGUUGGAUGCGGUCUAAAAAGUAUAAUUCUUUCUUUUGUCACAAUGAGAGUUUCAGCGAUCCAAAGAGCAAUGAUGGGUCAAUCUGCCCUAGUAGAUUUUUGGACGCUCAAUACGUCUUUGAUAAUAUAAUCAUUGAUUAGCAUGCAUUACUAUUCAACUCUUGUAAAGCCUGGUUAUUCUGCAUGUUCAUUAUAAGAUAAGAAGGUACGCAAAGUGUAGAUGAUGUGAUGAUUGAAAUUUUAAUCAUCCUAAUUUUUUGAGUGGAGCUCAAUUUUUGGUUCAAUAUUGAAUGAAAAUUUACUAACUUCAAUUAUAAUAUAAGUUAAAUUUUA